AUGUUGUCAGAAGCAGAAGAUACACUAACUAGAACUGCCCUGCGGCUAAGAAAAGUCUCUGAGCAGGGAAGCAAGGAGGCCAGAGAAAUAGUAGAACAGCUUAAUAGGUACAUACUGCAGGAGAUGGAAAUCAGUCUAGAGCACAUUCUAUGCACGAUUAAUGCGCUUUUCCUGUGCGAAACACUCUAUUCAAACGAGAAGUACAUAGUUCUUGAUGUGUUCUAUGAUCUUGUUCAGGAUCUCCAGCAGAAGCAGGAGCACAUUGACUUGCAGGAAAUUCCUGCGUCCCUUGGGAAAAUGAAGUUUUUGAAGAACGAGAAGAACGUUGAAAGGGCAGUGGUUGUUUAUUUAAAAGUGAUGAUGCUUAUUCUGGAGGUGGCUGGCACGCCAGAGCACAGGAUGACUAUUUUUAAGGUAUUUUGCACGUUGUUUAUGUCAAAAUCAUUCAUUACAAGCACCAAGUGCGGCUAUCUGAUACCGCGUCUAUUCAGGCAGUUCCUUGCACGGUAUCCGGUGUUUAUAGAGAGCCUGCUAGAUAAUUCGGAUAAGCUUAUUAUCUGCCCUGCUCUUCUUGAGGUGGCUUUAGUGUCCUCGCAGAAGAUGACAAAAACUCUUUCUGGGCUGAUUCUCUUUGACUUUAUAAAAAGGCACACCAACCAGCUUGUGCUGAUGAUGCACGGAAAGGGGUUUUAUGAGCCAUUCUACUUUCAAAUGUACAUGGAGCGAGAGACUGCUCCCUUGACAGAAAUAUUCUCCGUGUUCUGCAAGCCAUUCUUCCUGGAGUACUUAUUUCUUGACGUGUGCACUAGAAUUACAAGCAAAAACACUCUGCAAAUUGUUCUUGAUAAACUGUGGGAGGAGGGAGCGAUCCACUUUAUCCGCAUGCUAAAAGAGCCAGACACAACAACAGAGUGCAUGUACUGCAAGACAUCUAACAGACUAGGUGAGAUAGAGAGAGUACAGAGGCAGUUGGAGCUAGAUCUGGAAGAGUUUAACAAAACAGGAAACGCAGAAGAUCUGGUAGCAACAAUGCAAAAGCAGGGAUAUGAAAAUCCAGCUCAGGCAGUCUGCAUGUUUCUGCGCGCACACUCAGAAACCAAUCUGCACAUGCUUGGAAAAUGCCUUGGAAAGGAGAAUGCAGAGGACUUUUUGGAAGCAUUCUGCUCAUCAUUUGACUUUACAGAGCACGACCUGCUGACUGCACUGCGAAUAUUCCUUUUGAGCUUUACCCUUCCAGGAGAAGGACAGAAGAUAAAUAGAAUUAUUUCGGCAUUCUCCAAGAAGUACUCUGAGGACAGGAAACAGGACAGUGAGACUAUCAUUUCUAUUGCCAUGGCUGUUAUUUAUAUUAACACGAGUCUUCAUAAUGUAAAUACCGUUAAGAAGAUACCACUCGAGGAGUUUUCUCGAAUAAUCCUAAAAACAUGCAAGGAUGUUGAUGCAGAGUAUAUAGAGACACUCUAUACUCAGAUAAAGCAGAGAAAGCUUGAAGUCCCUCUCAGCAACUAUACAUCUUCAGAGGUGGCGGAGUUUAUGGUGCAGCAGUGCGAUGCAGAUGCAAGCUUGCAUCCUAUAAUUCCCCCAGGGCAAAGAUACAAAUACUGUGGAAACUGCACUCGUGCUGUGUACAGACAUCUAAUAAAGGAGUACAAAGUCACAGAGGUGAUCACUUCUGCAGGUGUGCCUUCUGAAAUAAAGGGAUACAUAAAGGCAUGCACAAGAAUAGGAGCAAAGGACGCAGUUGUUGACACAAUGCAAAUGAUAUCCGAUCCGUAUCUCCUAAUUAAAAUGCUUGCAGACUCAAAGGAGCUAAUUUCUCCUCUUUGGAGCGUUUUCAUCUCCUCAAUUGAAAAGAUCGCCCUGCAAAGAGACGACGCAGCAGCCACCCCAAGAUUUUUCCGAAAUAUAUUUACAUUUGGAAAGGAGGUAAAGAAAGACAAAAAGGACCAGUUCCCAGACCUAAUUGUAUCUGAAAUAAUGGAAGAAAUACAGAACAUAACAGACAGUGAACUGCUAGAAAUGGCUAGUGUGUUGCAGAAGAAGAUCCAGGAAAACAAUACAAAGACACUUCACAGACUUGCAUAUACAAUGAUUAAGAAUAGCACAAACAGAAUAUGUAUAGUAGGACCGCUGUUUGAAAUUCUUAUCAGCACGGGCGGCAUAUCAACACAGGAGAUGCUUAUGCUCUGCCAAGCAGCGCCCUUUAGCAACUUGCUGCAGGUGCUGAUGGGGUUCCAGUAUAAGCCAUCCAAGCACAUCACAACAUCUGUUAUUGCGCUACUUCAGCACAUUAUAACUGUUUUGUCAAGCAAGUCGCUAUCGAUUGUUGAGAUGAACGGGGUUAAGAAUUGGAUGGGGUCUCUUAUAGGCUCUGAGGCAUUCAAGCUCCGAAACACAGAGGUUGUUGUUUCUAUAUGGAACACUGUUGAGGAGAUUUCGCUGCGCUUGGAUGCAGCAGGAUUUGACGGGUUUGAAAUCUUUAUUAAGAUGAAGGAUGUUCUCACAACAAAAAGCAAGGAAGAAAUCAUCCGCAACACGCAGGCCUACUACAAAAACAUAAACCGAAUUCUUCUGUGCCUUGAUAUUCUCUCUGCUUCUCACGAUGCAGGGCUAAAGGAUGCAUUUUCGCAAAUGAUUUCGUCUGUUCUGGUGAAGGACAUGCCUGGAUGCAUAUCUGUUCUAGAGAGCUGCGAGCAUGUUUUGGAGUCUGUGCCUGACGUGCAGGAAAGGGUGGAAAGCCUUGUUUUAGAGCACACGAAAGAAACAGAUAUGCAGAAUACAAAGUAUCUUAAAAAACUCAUAAUGAAAAUGAAUCUAAAAAUCACUCCUAGCAAAGAGGUAGUAGACUUAUAG